AACGAAACGGAUGACAACCAGAUCCAGCUGGUGGGAGGCGACGUGGAGCUGCCCAAAGAGCUGGCCAAGAUGAUCGAGCAGGACAACGAGGAGGAGGAAGAGAAGAACUCGGUUAUCGGCCAGCUCACCAACAUCCAGAACCUGGACCUUGAUUCCUUGAAAGACAAAGCUUCGGCCACGCUAGAGGACCUGAAGCAAUCGGCUGAGAAAUGCACCAUGAUGUGA